UGGGAGACGUGACGGACGUCAUUCUCAGAUAGUGUGAUGGGAGGAUAACGAGUCACAGUGUUUAUCUCUAAAGCGGAAGAUCGAGGUUUCCUCGCAAAAAUUUGUGAAUCCGAGAUGUCAUUUGUUAGUGCUUCUUCUCCUGAGUGUAUUGAUUUCGAAAAUGAAGAAAAAGAAGAAGUGAGCAAACCAUUGACAUCUCUUCAAGAAAUUUUGGAAUGGGAAAAAUUUGUUACCCCUUUCCAAGUGGAAAGUUUGCAAAUGCGGACCGAAUUUUCUGUGAGAGGGUCAUCUUUUCAUUGCCAUAGUAGUAAAAGCUCGGACUGGAAACACUUAGAACUUAAUACAGAAGACGUCCCUAAAACUCUUGUUUGUCAUGAUAUGAAAGGAGGCUACAUAGAAGACCGAUAUAUUGAUGGCACCGAAACACCAGAUGCAUAUAGAUUUUUUCAUUGGGCUGGAAUUGAUACAUUUGUGUACUUCAGCCACAAGUUAUUAACUAUCCCUCCUCCUGUCUGGAUUACAGCUGGUCAUAUUCAUGGUGUAAAAGUUCUUGGUACACUUAUAACUGAAUGGGAUGAAGGCGAAGUAUUUUGGAAUAUGCUUCUUUCUAAUGAAAAGAAGCGUGUUUCAUGUGUUAAAAAGAUGGUGGAAAUUUGUGAAAAGUUUGGUUUUGAUGGAUAUUUGCUGAAUGUGGAAAAUAAAAUACCAGAAAAUGAUGUUCCUAAGCUCGUAAAAUUUGUGGAAGAACUACAGGAAGCACUACAUAAGAAGUUGCCUCAUUCAGAGCUUGUAUGGUAUGACAGCGUAAUUUCUAAUGGAAAACUCAAGUGGCAGAAUGAACUUAAUGAAUUAAACAAGCUGUUCGUGUGCGAUCUGAAGAGCCAGUCGGGGCGGCUGGUCGUGGUGUACGCAGUGAAAGGCGUUCCGUGCGACACACCCUGUUCCGAGAGAAGAUCGGCCGAGUUGCGUCUGGCGCUUGUGCUGCGAGACUCUCCCAGCGCUGAGCCCAGAAUGAUGUGGGUAAAUGAUUGUAAUGGACAUCAGGUACAAAGAACAUCUGAUGGAAGUUCCUGGGAACCAUUUAACAACAAAACCCCACAAACAUCAUGGCAAGUUUGGGAGUAUUCGGUCCCUGUGAGAGGACAUGUAGUUGAAAUAAUUGCUGGCCUGCCUCCUGGUUGCAAAGCUGCACUUCUAGGAUGGUUAGAGAUCACUGACACUGGACCAGAAGAAAUCUGUGAUAUGAGUAAAAAUGCAAGAGAGAACCAUUGAAAAUGUACCAAAACAAAUGUACAUUGAAGUGAUGACUACAAUUGAAUUGUAUAAUGUCUAGGCGAGAAUCUUAAUUUUUUUUUCAAAGCUUUUUAUAGUACUGAUGUGCUAACGAAAUCAAAGAAGUUGAAAUGCAAAGAAGUGUAAAAAUGUAUUUAAUUGUCUACAUUUAAUUUAUUUAGAGAUUUUUUUUACCUACUUAGAAGCAUUUCAUAACAUGAAAUAUUAUGAAGUGUCAAUAUUGUUUAGGUUAUGUUUGAAUGAUGCUGUUAUUUGCUGCUUUGAUUUUCUUUUAAUGGAGUAAUAUUUAUAUUCCCUGUUCUCGUAAAAUUAUCAAUAGGUUGUUUGUAAACUUUCAGUAAUUGGAAAAAUAUAUUCCUAAUAAAAAUCUGAUGCAAAAAUAUCAUACC